CACUGGCCGGUGCAGUGCUUGCAGCAGUAGCUUGGCUCAGUCAGCAGACGGCGGCCAAUCUACCGAUUUCCUCCUCUCGUUUCUAUUCUCCCCCUCUUCCCCUUUAUUGCACAUCUUUUAUUUUCUGUAGCAGGCUCGCAGACAUGUCCGCCAGACCGGGAUUUUACCGGCAGGAGCUGAACAAGACUGUGUGGGAGGUUCCAGAGCGCUAUCAGAACCUGACGCCGGUGGGCUCCGGAGCUUACGGCUCGGUGUGUUCGGCGUACGACGUGGUCUUAAGGCAGAAGGUUGCGGUGAAGAAGCUAUCCAGGCCUUUCCAGUCUCUCAUACACAGCCGCCGCUCGUACCGGGAACUCAGGCUCCUCAAGCACAUGAAACACGAGAAUGUAAUAGGGCUGCUCGACGUCUUCACACCUGCUGCCACAUUAGAAGACUUCAAUGAGCUCUACCUGGUGACUAACCUGAUGGGCGCAGACCUCAAUAAUAUAGUCAAAUUUCAGAGGUUGUCAGAUGAGCAUGUGCAGUUCUUAAUUUACCAGCUCCUCCGUGGCCUCAAGUACAUCCAUUCAGCUGGAUUGAUCCACAGAGACCUCAAGCCAAGCAAUGUGGCAGUGAAUGAGGACUGUGAGCUUAGGAUCCUUGACUUUGGCUUAGCCAGGCAGACAGAUGAUGAGAUGACAGGUUAUGUGGCGACUCGCUGGUAUCGAGCACCAGAGAUCAUGCUCAACUGGAUGCACUACAAUCAGAAUGUUGAUAUCUGGUCAGUGGGAUGCAUUAUGGGAGAGCUACUGAAGGGAAAAGUCCUUUUUCCCGGCACUGACUAUAUCGACCAGCUGAAGAGAAUCAUGGAGGUGGUGGGAACUCCGACACCGGAGCUGUUAAAGAAGAUCUGCUCUGAACAUGCACAGAAGUACAUCCAAUCUCUGCCCUUCAUGCCCCAACAGGACUUGGAAAAGAUCUUCAGAGGGGCAAAUCCACUGGCUGUUGAUCUGCUGAAGCGCAUGCUGGUUCUGGACUGCGACGGGAGGAUCUCAGCUAGCGAAGCUCUUUCCCACCCCUACUUCUCCCAGUACCAUGAUCCAGAUGACGAGCCAGAGGCCCAACCCUAUGACCAAACACUGGAGAGCAAAGACCGAACUUUAGAAGAAUGGAAAGAGUUGGUAUUUGAAGAGGUGAACAGCUUCAAAGCAUCUGGCAGCAAGACUGACAGCCUUCAGGUGGAGCAGUGAGACUUUUACUGCUCCGCCUCCUCCUCUGCUUGAAGAAGGACCAUGUAGUCAAUAAAUGCAAGGAGGGCUGGAAAAACAAGCGAAGGAAAUGACUGUGUUUGAUUUCCUGUCAUGAGUUUGUCUGAGCAGCAGGGCAGGAUGGUCUCCAUGGGAUCACAUGUGCACAUUACUAUUACAGGGAACAUUUUCGAGUUUAAAAAAAGGAUUUCACCAGUGCAGAAAGUUGCUUCCUGUUAUGGUUCCGCUCACUGAGGGUAAAAUAAGGAACUGCUCAAUAUCAGGGGCCACGGAGGACGUGAGGAUUCAUGUGAGGAAGCAACUUUAAGAAACUGAACUUUGUUUAAAGACCAACAGAAGGUGUGGGAGGAGGAAAAAAAUGCACACUAGGAUUUCCAAAGCAACAACAGGAAUGCUGUGUCAUCAUCAAGACGAAUGCCAUAAAGCUUUCAUAUAUAAAAAUCAUGCUUGCAGUGAUACCAUUUCACAUCACAGAACAGCUUAGCAUUUAGCCUGCAUACUACUGAUGCAUGACGUCUGUGCAUUUUAUUGUUAAAGCAUAUUACUGGUGGUGUAUUAUAACCACUGCUUACUGUGUCUGCCACACUGCUACUAAACCAGUUCGGGGUUAAGAAAGAGGCAUUAGCAGGAAAUGUAACCAGUGUUUCACCUCCUCUGUCUUUAUAAUUCAUGUCUGAAAAUGUUCUUCCAUGGAUGAAAAGUCAUCCCAUCCUUACAGAAUAGUAAACACCAAUUGUGCUAUUAAUUAGCAAGAUAGUUAAUAUAUGCCAAAGCUGAAACAGAAUGAUUGCCCUGCAGAUCUGUGUUUACAGUGCGAGUCUCUUUCCUCAUAUACAGAUUCCGCUGUCAACCGAUCACCUGUUGGCUUUGGCCCUGCUCCGUGAGGUCUCUCUACUGCUCUGCUGUCUUAUACAGAUCCCCAUUAGUGUUUACAACUGUUAACAUUAUAGACAUUGUGCAAAUUGUCAGAAUCAGUUCCCAGAAGGUGUCUAACAAUGCUGGAUAAUAAUCUGUUAUGCAACUUGUAGCUUCAUCCAAGCAUUGACUGGUCAAACACAGACUGAUGAUUCACAGAAAGCAGCCAUAUUUGGCUGCUUGUGGCAACCAGGGAGCUCAUUAGUCAUAUUUUAUGUUACCUAAGCAUCUUUUUCUUUUCUUUCCAUAAUUCUUGGAUCAUCUCUUUUUUAACCUCCAUUACAUGUAUUUUAGUUUGCUGCGGUUAAAAGCUUGGUGCAACAUUAGAACAUAAAUAUUCAUGCUUAGCAAAUCUGACUGGAAAUAUUUGCGUAAGCACACAAGC